CUCCUCUUUCUCUCACCCGUUGCCUUGGAGGUGUGCUGUGGUGAACCUGGUGGCCGAGCACGCACACCAGGUGGUCAGGCUCUCUGGAUUACGGAGGAGGCAGCAGCUGUUUGAGGGUCCAUUCAAGAUUCAAGCAUUAGUGGAGAAGGGGACCAGGUCUGCGAUGUGGAUGUUUUUGGCGGUGGCCUGCUUAAUACCACAGGCUACAGAUUCAGAAGUCACAUGGAACAGACAUUUGAACCCUCAAGAAUUUAUGACUAUUAAUGAAAUCAUCCAGUAUUGGGGAUACCCCUAUGAAGAGCAUGAUGUCCUGACAGAGGAUGGCUAUUACCUCAAGGCAAACAGAAUUCCUUUUGGAAUACAUGGAAAGACAGGGCCUAAGCCAGUUGUGUUACUGGUACAUGGUGUGACAGUUGAAGGUAGAUGCUGGAUUGCAAAUCUUCCCAACAACAGUCUAGGAUUUGUUCUAGCAGAUGCUGGCUAUGAUGUCUGGAUACUAAAUAAUAGAGGGACCACGUGGUCUAGAAGACAUAAGAACCUGUCAGUUGACCAAGAAGAAUUUUGGAAUUUCAGUUUUCAUGAAAUGGGGAUAUAUGAUAUUCCAGCCACCAUAAAUUUUAUCCUGCAAAAAACACAACAAGAUGGAUUAUACUAUAUUGGCCAUUCCCAGGGUGGUGCAAUCGGUUUGGUUGCCUUUUCAUCCAUGCCACAGCUUGCUGAAAAAGUAAAACUUUUUAUGGGCUUGGCUCCUGCCUACACGAUAGUGGACACCAAGGGCCCCUUGAAAGUGAUUCUGUCACUUCCUGAAGAAACCAUAAGACAUAUAUGGGGCAAGAAAGAAUUCUGUGUUCUUAACAACAGCAUGAAAAAAAUCAGUGCCAACUUGUGCAGCUUUCCAGUCCAAGACAAGAUUUGUCUCCAAAUAGUUUCUCUUAUUGCAGGUUGUAAUGAAAAAAACCUAAAUGUGAGUCGAGUAGAUGUGUAUGCUAGAAUCUAUCCUGAUUAUACUUCUGUAAAAGACAUAGUCCACUGGAGCCAGAUUGCUAAAUCAAAAGAAUUUAAAUAUUUUGACUAUGGCCCUAAGAACAAAAUUGUAUACAACAUGGACAAGCCUCCAUUUUAUAAAAUAGAAGCCAUGGUUGUGCGCACAGCAAUAUGGAAUGGUGGAAACGACAUUAUUGUAGGCCCAAAGAACAUUGAACAGUUGCUCUCUCAAGUCCCCAAUUUAGUUUUCUAUAAGUAUCUUUCUGACUGGAACCAUGCUGAUUUUAUGUGGGGUCUUGAUGCUCCAAAACGCAUGUACCUUGAUAUGCUUCAUCUGAUGCAGAAGUACAAAUAAAACCUUAAUACACAUGGUAAAAUGCAUGUAUUCCAUAUCAGUGUGGAAACCUUCCCCCACCCUGCCCCACCCUAUUUUCUGGUAGAAGAUGUCUUUAAGGUUUGUGCUACUGAAGUCCCCAUCACCACCUAUCUGUCAGAUGUUUUGGAUUACAGUUCCUAUCAAUCCCAGCCUGCAUGGUCAGUGAUCAGGGAUAAUGAGAGCUGUAAUCCAGCAACAACUGGAGGCCACUGUGUUAGGAAAGGUUAUACUCACAGAAGGCACAGAUAAUUGUCAAUAGGGAUUUAACGGACUCAUGUGAAAUACAAAAGGGUACAAGACAGGGAUGUCCACUGUCCCCUCUUUUAUUUAUUUUGGUUCUAGAAGUGCUGCUUAGAGACAUAAGGCAAGACAAAAGGAUUUCGGGAAUAAAGAUAAAAAAAGAGGAAUAUAAACUGAGAGUAUUUGCUGACGACUUGAUAAUUGUAUUAGAAAAUCCCUUGGAAGGAAUUAAAGUAUUGAUGGAUAAAUUAAAAGAAUUUGGACCAUUAGCAGGAUUUAAGAUCAACAACCAAAAAACAAAGAUGUUGGUGAAAAAUUUAUCUUUAAGGGAUCAAAAAGAGUUAAUGGAGAAGACAGAUUUUAAAAUAGAAGAAAAGGUGAAAUAUUUAGGUAUUAUUAUGACAAAUAAAAAUUCAAAGUUGUUUCAUAAUAAUUAUGAAAAAUUAUGGACAGAGAUUAAGAAAGAUUUGUUAAGAUGGGAUAAAUUACAGCUGUCAUUAAUGGGUAGAAUAUCUGUAAUAAAAAUGAAUGUAUUGCCGAGAAUGAUGUUUCUAUUUCAAACAAUACCUGUAAUAUCCUCUGAUUUACCUUUUAAACAAUGGCAAAAAGAUAUUUCUAAAUUUGUUUGGCAGGGGAAAAAACCAAGAGUUAAAUUUAAAUUAUUACAAGACGCCAAAGAAAGAGGAGGACUGGGAUUACCAAAUUUGAGACUUUAUUUUGCUGCUUGUUGUUUAGUCUGGAUAAAGGAAUGGAUUUUAUUGAGGAACAAAAGAUUAUUGGAUUUGGAGGGUCACAACCUGAAGUGGGGAUGGCAUGGAUAUCUAUGGUAUGAUAAAGUAAAAGUUAAUGUGGAUUUUAAUAAUCAUUUUAUAAGACGUCCUUUGUUGAAAAUAUGGAAUAAAUACAAAACAAGGUUUUUUUUUGAAAAUACCACUAUGUGUUUCAAGUCAAGAAGCAUUUUAUAGAAGAGAAAUGGCUGGAAAAGAGAAAUGGUUAAUUUACCAAGAACUAUUAGAAAAUGUGCAUGGAGAAUAUAUAAUGAAAGAGAGAGAACAACUAAUAAAGGAAGGAUAUAGUUCUCAAUGGUUUGCCUAUUUACAAUUGUUAGAAAGAUACAAAAUGGAUAAGAAAAUGUAUGGGUUUGAAAUAAAUAAAUCUGAUUUUGAAAUAGGUUUGUGUACAAAUGAUGAAUGUAUAAUUGCAAAAAUGUAUAAAUUUUUAUUGAAAAUGGACAUGGAAGAAGAACAAGUAAAAGAGUGUAUGGUCAAGUGGGCAAAAAAAAUUGGUUAUAAUAUACAAAUGGAUCAAUGGGAAAAUAUGUGGAAAAAAGGUUUGAAAUUUACAUUAUGCUAUAAUCUUAAAGAAAAUUUUUAUAAAAUGAUGUAUCGUUGGUACAUGACUCCAGAAAAGUUGUCAAAAAUGUAUAGUAAUGUUUCUAAUGUAUGUUGGAAAUGUAAACAACAAGAAGGAUCUUUUUAUCAUAUGUGGUGGUCGUGUAAACAGGCAAAAUUAUUUUGGGCACAGAUAGGUAGGAUGAUGCAAAAAAUCUUAAAGAUAAAUAUUCAGUCAAAGCCAGAAUUUUUUUUAUUGGGUUUUAUGGAUAAACAAAAGGAAAAGAAAUAUGGAAGAAUAAUAUUAUAUAUGAUUACGGCAGCAAGAUUAUUAUAUGCACAAAAAUGGAAAAUGGAAUCAACACCAACAAUGGAAGAAUGGCUAUUGAAAUUAAUGGACUUAGUAGAGAUGGACAAAUUGACAUGCCUUCUCAGAGAAAAAACGACAGAUACAUUUCUUAAGGAAUGGAAGCCUCUUUUGGACUUUUUGUUGAAAGAAAAAAAUGAAAUGAUGAUAAUGGGAUUUGACGAUUAAUUAAGAUAGACUAUGGAAAAAAGUGAAUUUCGUAUGUUUUAGGGGACAGGUUUGAUAUAUAUUACAUACUUAUAGCUGAUCUGUGACAAAUCGGAAGUCAAGUUUUUAUUUUUA